GGAAGAGAAGGCGACGUCACCCGCGUCCAUCUUGUAUUUGCUCUUCGGCGAGCCUCUUCAUUCCGCUCCCCAGCCGCGCCGAAUCGGAGGAGAAUCCCGCCGCCGGGGCGCCAUCAUGCCCGGACACCUGCAGGACGGCUUCGGCUGCGUCGUCACCAACCGCUUCGACCAGUUGCUGGAUGACGAGUCCGACCCGUUCGACAUAUUAAAGGCGGCAGAGAACAGGAGGAAGGAUGCGGCCGCCGCAGCUACCAAACCCGCUGCUCAGGCCGCCAGACAGCCCAAGAAAGAGUCGCAGAAGGAGCGGAAGAACCUGCCACCGGAGAGGAAGGAGGACCCGCAGCCUGCCGCGCCGCUCAAGAAGGACGGUGGUGUAAGGAGGAUGGGGAGGAAGCAGCAGGAGCAACAGGGGCAGAACAUUCCCCACCAGCAGGGGGCACCAGGAGAACGGAGACCGGAGAGACGAGUCCACCGAGAGCGUCGCUUCGAAAAGCCGCCGGAGGAAAAACAUGAAGGAGGAGAAUCCAGUGUGGACAAGCCAGUGGGAGACAGACCACCAAGGGGUCGUGGUGGGGGUCGUGGAGGUCGUGGAGGUCGUGGGCGGGGAAUCGGACGAACUGACGGAUUUGACUCUCGAGGAAAGCGUGACUUUGAUCGACACAGCGGAAACGACAGAUCCAGCCAGAAAGGUGAGGAGAAGCGAGGAGGAGCCGGAUCACACAACUGGGGCAACACCAAGGAAGAAGCCAGUGAACUGCACCAAUCGGCCGCACCUGAAGCACCUAUGGAAGGGGAGGAGCCUGCUGCACCUGUUGAUUCAGAAAACAAGGAGAACGAGGUUGAAGAGGUGAAGGACGAAGGCCCUAAGGAGAUGACUCUGGAUGAGUGGAAGGCCAUGCAGGACAAAGAACGAGCGAAAGUGGAGUUUAACAUCCGUAAACCAAACGAAGGCGACGAGGGCCAGUGGAAGAAAGGAUAUGUUCUGCACAAGUCAAAGAGCAAAGACCUGGGCAGGCCGUCUGGAACUUUGAUUGAAACUGGAGAUGCGAACGCUGAGUCACUCCAGAAGGGAGCCUCGGAAGACAGCUCAGGCGACCACCACUUCCGCAAACCAGCCAAUGACAUCACCUCCCAGCUGGAGAUCAACUUCGGAGAUUUGGGACGCCCCGGGCGUGGUCGGGGGGGCUCCCGGGGAGGCAGAGGGGGCCGGGGAGGUGGAAACCGGGCAGGGCGCGGUGGAGGCAGGUCUGAGAAGGGAGGCGGAGUGUCUGUUCCUAACGUGGACGACCCUGAGGCAUUUCCCGCCUUGGCCUAAACCCUGACCUUUGACCCUGGAGCCCCUCCUUUACGAGGCCUGCAUGCUUAUAGAUCCUUCAACUAUAGAUAUCAUUAAAAAAAAAAAAAGAAAAAAAAACAUGUAAAAGAGAGACUGUCAUGUACACCAUAGUGAGGACUGAAACCCCGCCCCCAUGUUAACGGACUUCUCUCGUUACACUGAAGCUAAUUCUCCAUAGAGCUUUUGUAUUUAGAGACAUGAUAGAUAGCAGGGAUGUUCCUACAGUAUUUUAUUUUAUUUCUGAUUUGAUUGCUGUUUGAAUGUAAGGCUUUUUCAGCAUAGCGUUUGAAGUGAGUUUAAGCUUUGGUUUGUUCUCCUUCUAUUUUUGGCGUGUUUUAAUAUUUUUGAGCAAAAGGAGAAUGUGGGACUAGUGCUAAUUUUACUGUUAUUGACGUUCAGAAGUAAUGUAUCUCUUUAAAUAUUUUAAACGAAGCUCUGAGGUCAAGUUUGUUUUCCUGUUACUAGAUUUUCUUUUUCAGGAAGUUCUUUGCUUGGCCUGUAGCAAAACCGUAAAUAUGUGAAUGCUUCGUGUAUAUAUAUAUAUAUUUUUUCCUUUUGUCCAUUUAAUUUCUCUUGUUAUGGAAGUUCUGUAUGUUUGUCUUUUCUUUCUUUCUUUUUUUUUUUGUUUAGGCUGGUCCUCUCGUACGUCACCUUUUACAAAAACGUUGGGAACACUUUUAAAUAUGUGUGUGUGUGUGUGUGUGUGUGUGUGUCCGUCCGUCUGUGUCCUGAUGUUGCUAAGUGACCAGUGUCCCUCCGUUAACGAGGGCGAAGCUUAAGUCAAAAUUCAGUCAGCCAAUUGUAAAUUUUUAGCUAGCUGAGAAGUGAACUUUGCUAGCUGCUUAACAUCACAUAGCAUUAUUGUUAGCUAAGCUACCUACUUAUGCUAACAAUAGCACAGUGCUGCAUUUAAGUAUCGUAGGUCUGCUUGUGUAAAUUUGAACUAUUUUAUGCUUAGCACUACAUCAGAUGAAUAAGUUAUGAGGAGGUGGGGAUUGGCUAAUUAAUUUUAACGUAAGCUGACUCUUGGCUGAAUCAGGACGUGUGUGUGUGUUUGCGUAAACAGGCAUGUGCUACGGUAAUUGGGUAACCGAAUGACGACGAUGACUGUUUUUAGGAUAUUGCCGUGACAUUGAGUUCUCAUGGGGUGGUGACGGACACGCUUCACAAUUUAUCUGAAAAUAUGGAACAUUAGAAGACCGCUCGUGUAAUCAAUUAUCACACGCACAUGCCUGUACACGAGUCACCUAAAGUUCUCAAACCUGAAGUUUUAUCUUUACUGUUGUUAUUCUCUUCUUUUUAUUAUUAUUAACUCCUCAGCAUGCUUCAUGUGGAGACGACGUCUACGAGAGUUGGGGAAAAUGGCGCUACCUUCAUGAACUUGUGAUGCUCACAUUCUUUCUGCUGUUUUGUAUUGGCCAUUGCGUAUGAACGCUCCAGUAAUGCAGGUAGUGCUUUUACAAUGUAAUGACUGUUUCCAUGACUUCAAGAAGAAGAUUGUCCUGCUGUUGCUCUUCAAAAGCAUCCAUCUUGGGCACACCGUGUUCGUCCACUGACUUUGCACCACAGGACAAGUGAAGCCUCAUAUGAACAUCCGUUUGCUUCACAAUUACGUGUAUUUUUAAAAAAUAUCUUUUUUGUGGAAACCAACCAACCAAUUGUCACGUCUUCUCUAUAUGAAGUCCGCUGAGGUUUUUAUUCUCUAGCGCUGAUUGUUGACAUAUCUUUGCACUUAGAUAAAUGUUUUUUUUUUUUUUUUAAAGCUAAUAAGCACAUGACCUGUUUUAAACCCCCUGCCCCACCCCCCCCCCCCCCCCCCCCCCCCUCUUUUUUUAACAUUUUACAGCAGCACUACUCGAAGAACAUGCUUGAUUCAGGGUGUGUGUGAGUGAGUGAGAGUGUGUGCGUGUGUGUGGUUUAUUAUGAACCUGGGAGUGACAGUAAACUGGAGGACACUAGGACAUGUUGGACUCCUCGGACAGUGGGGCACUCCGUGACAGGACUCUUUGUAGGACUUUUGGUUUUCCGGAUGUUUCUGCAUUCACACGUCCCUGUUCAAUAAACUUCCCACAGAUGUUAAUGUCACUCUCUGCUCAUGCUUUUUUAUUUCUUCUUAGAUCUACUCUUAAGGUUUAAAUGUGUAAAGCUGGAGGUCAUGAUGUUAUCAGAGGACCAUUACAACCUUCAGCUUUUAAGUUAAAUGUAUGCAAAAAUAAUAAUAAAAGAAUUCUUUGAGUUGA